CUAUAAUUUAAGGAAGUAACUCUAUUAUAUGCACAAAUAAAUUAAUAAAAAUAAAAUAAAAAUAAACAUACAUUAUUAUAUAAAUCAGUUUCUGAUUCGAGUUUUCGUGUCAUCUAUUUUUACCGCCCUAUUUCAUUCCUCCUUGACCCGACCUCCAUAACAUAAGCUCCCUUUCUCCCCCAAACAACUUCUGAGGCUCCCAGAUUUCGAAGAUUGGUUCGCUUUUCAAAAAGGAUUUGUGGAUUGAGUUCUUACAUUAAGCACAAGUUGUGGAAUAAUGCUUCCGACAGAACUGGAAAAGAAGUUAUCAUUCAAUCGAUUCAUAAGUGUUGGUGAUUUGGUUAUUGUGUAUGAGAGGCAUGAUGUGAUGAAAGCUGUUAAAGUAUGCGAGAAUGGAAUUCUUCAAAAUCGCUUUGGCGUGUUCAAGCAUGAGAGUUGGAUUGGUAAACCAUUUGGGUCUAAAGUGUUCAGCAAUAAAGGCGGGUUUGUUUACUUAUUAGCUCCGACUCCUGAGUUAUGGACCCUUGUGUUGAGCCACAGAACGCAGAUCCUUUAUAUCGCAGAUAUUAGCUUUGUUAUCAUGUACCUGGAGAUUUUUCCAGGUUGCAUCGUCCUUGAGUCAGGUACGGGAAGUGGAUCUUUAACGACUUCACUUGCGAGAGCUGUUGCUCCUACGGGACAUGUGUACACCUUUGAUUUCCAUGAACAAAGGGCCUCUUUGGCUAGGGAGGAUUUUGCAAAGACAGGACUGACCAGCCUAGUCACGGUGGGGGUCAGAGAUAUUCAGGGAGAAGGUUUCCCUGAUGAAUUCACUGGAUGGGUAGACUCAGUCUUUCUCGACCUUCCUCAACCCUGGCUUGCCAUUCCUUCUGCAGGGAGAAUGUUAAAAGAAGAUGGAGUCCUGUGUUCCUUCUCACCUUGCAUUGAACAAGUACAACGAUCAUGUGAAACACUAAAAACAUGUUUUACUGACAUCAGAACGUUUGAAGUGCUCCUUCGGUCAUUUGAGGUUCGAGAAGAAAGGUUACAGAGUUGGCAAAACUACACUGGUGGGGCUUCUCAGAAGUUUCGGAAAAAGAGGCAGCGUUCUAGUGAUGGAAGCAAUGUAGUCGAAGGAUCUGCUACUUGUACAACAGUCUUGGCGAAGCCUUGUAGUGAAGGGAGAGGUCAUACCGGCUACUUGACCUUUGCCAGACUCAGAUGUGUUCCAUAAAAGUCUUCAUUCAUUACAGGAUAAAUUUUGCAUCUUUUAUUAAGUUAAGCUCAUUUCUCAAUUUUCUUAAGUUUUCCCUUUCUUUUUUUUUUUUGGUUUUAUAAGCUUGAGGAAGUUAACUUUUAGGUAUUAGGCCAAUAGUUACUUAGUUCUGAAAGAUUAGAAGGCUAAUGGAAAUUGAAAGCUCAGAUGAAGAGAACUCAUCGAGCGAUUUUUGUUGUCUUUUGUUACUUUAGAUUGGCCAUUGGCAAUGAUGGAAAAAUGGUUGAAUUUUUUUG